UCAAUCUCAACCCAUGAAUCCACACAAACCCAUUUCACCAAAAAUAGAAAAAAAAAAAAACUUUAAAAUGCCACAAUCCCCUCCUCAUUCACACAUCAACAGAGCUCACAAUGACUUGUCUUCUUAGAAACCAAGUUAACCAUGGCGGCAUUCUCCUCCUCCUCCUCCUCCUCUCUCUGCCACUUCUCUCCGUCGCCCUCUCCGACGCCGAAGCUUCAUUCAUUGUUCGCCGCCAACUUAAAUCUUUAGAAGAUUACGAAAACCUCCCAGAUGACUUCACAUACGAACUCGACAUUCCCGACACUUUCCCUAAUGAGAGGUUGAAAAAGGCCUACGUCGCCCUUCAAGCUUGGAAAUUAGCCAUUUACUCCGACCCUUUUAACAUGACCGCCAAUUGGGUUGGUGCCGAUGUCUGCUCUUACGUCGGCGUCUUUUGUACCACGGCGCUUGAUGACUCAACCAUUGAAGUUGUCGCCGGCAUUGAUUUGAACCAUGGCGAUAUUGCCGGCCAUUUGGUGCCGGAAUUAGCCCUCAUCACCGAUUUGGCUCUCUUCCAUAUUAACUCCAAUAGAUUCUGUGGGAUCGUUCCUCGUAGCUUCUCCAAGCUCACCCUCAUGUUUGAAUUUGAUAUCAGCACCAACCGCUUCGUCGGCCGUUUCCCUGAGGUUGUUCUCGAAUGGUCCGUCGCUAAGUACCUCGAUCUCAGGUUCAAUAACUUCGAAGGAGAAAUCCCACCUGCUCUGUUCACCAAGGAAUUCGAUGCCAUUUUCUUAAACAAUAACAGAUUCAAUUCCUUCAUCCCACAUACCAUCGGAAACUCCACCGUCUCCGUCGUGUCCUUCGCCUACAACGAGUUCCAUGGCUGCAUUCCUAACACCAUCGGCCAUAUGCCCAACCUCAACCAGGCCCUCUUCCUCGGCAACAACCUAAGCGGGUGUUUCCCUUACGAGAUGGGGCAGCUCGUGAAUAUGACACUUAUUGAUGUUAGUGACAAUUUGUUUGUCGGCGAGCUGCCUAAAUCGUUGCCGGGGCUGCAUAGUUUGGAGGUUUUGGAUGUUAGUAACAAUGAAUUGAGGGGCUCUGUUUUUGGUGGUGUUUGUGAGUUGCCUAAAUUGAUUUACUUUAAUUGUUCGAGUAAUUAUUUUAGUGAGGAAGAUGCGGCGUGUGUUGGGUCUAAAGAAUCUAAGAAUUCUUUUGAUGAUGUUGGGAAUUGUUUGGGGAAUCGACCGGGGCAGAGAGAUGCGGCCAAGUGUAGCUCUGUUUUGGAUAAACCCAUGGAGUGUGGUGGUUGUGCUGAUGAUCCAUUUCUUCAGUCUCCAUCGCCCAGGUUUAGGCCGCCGCCGUCACCAUCUGUGGGUGAAACACCGCCACCAGAACAAUCUCCACCUCCACCCGUAUACUCUCCUCCCCCACCAGAACAAUCUCCGCCCCCACCCGUUCAAUCUCCGCCGCCACCAGAACAAUCUCCGCCGCCACCCGUUCAAUCUCCGCCCCCACCCGUUUAUUCUCCACCGCCACCAGAACAAUCUCCACCUCCACCCGUAUACUCUCCUCCCCCACCAGAACAAUCUCCGCCCCCACCCGUUCAAUCUCCGCCGCCACCAGAACAAUCUCCGCCGCCACCCGUUCAAUCUCCGCCCCCACCCGUUUAUUCUCCACCGCCACCAGAACAAUCUCCACCUCCACCCGUAUACUCUCCUCCCCCACCAGAACAAUCUCCGCCCCCACCCGUUCAAUCUCCGCCGCCACCAGAACAAUCUCCGCCGCCACCCGUUCAAUCUCCGCCCCCACCCGUUUAUUCUCCACCGCCACCAGAACAAUCUCCACCCCCACCCGUUUACUCUCCUCCCCCACCAGAACAAUCUCCGCCCCCACCCGUUCAAUCUCCGCCGCCACCAGAACAAUCUCCGCCGCCACCCGUUCAAUCUCCACCCCCACCCGUUUACUCUCCACCGCCACCAGAACAAUCUCCACCCCCACCCGUUUACUCUCCACCCCCACCAGAACAAUCUCCGCCCCCACCCGUUCAAUCUCCGCCGCCACCAGAACAAUCUCCGCCGCCACCCGUUCAAUCUCCGCCCCCACCAGAACAGUCUCCGCCCCCACCAGAACAGUCUCCGCCCCCACCAGAACAAUCUCCGCCCCCACCAGAGCAAUCUCCGCCGCCACCAGAGCAAUCUCCACCGCCUCCAGAACAAUCUCCACCUCCUGCUCCCGAUUCUUCUCCACCGCCAGCGUUCGAGGACUUAAUUCUCCCACCAAAUAUCGGCUUCCAGUAUUCAUCGCCGCCUCCACCACAGUUUCCGGGCUACUAACGAGUCUCAUCUCCAGUAAUCACCAAUUUUAUUUGGAGUCAUUUGUUUCAUGACUGUUCAUCAAAUUCAAUUCAAAAUAUUAUGUCCUAGUAAUGAACUUUUGUCUUUAUUCA